UGGAAGUGGCCACCAAGGCCAACCCGUGGGACGGGAAGACGCUGAAGGCGGAGAGCGUGCGCUCCCAGCUGGACACGUCCCUGGAGAGGCUGCAGAGGAAGAGUGUGGAGCUCUUCUACCUCCACGCUCCUGACCACAGCACCCCGGUGGAGGAAACCCUGCGUGCCUGCAAUGAGCUGCACAAAGAGGGGAAGUUUAAAGAGCUUGGCCUGUCAAACUACGCCUCAUGGGAGGUGGCAGAAAUCUGCACCAUCUGCAAGUACAACAACUGGGUGAUGCCAACUGUGUACCAGGGAAUGUACAACGCGACCACGCGCCAGGUGGAGGCCGAGCUGUUCCCCUGCCUCAGGCACUUCGGGCUGCGCUUCUACGCCUACAACCCACUGGCAGGGGGGCUCCUCACCGGCAAGUACAAGUACGAGGACAAGGACACGCGCCAGCCCACCGGCAGGUUUUUUGGGAAUGACUGGGCUCAGGCCUACAGGGACAGGUACUGGAAAAAACACAAUUUUGAGGGAAUUGCACUGGUAGAAAAAGCUCUGAAAGAUGCUUAUGGCUCCACUGCACCCAGCCUGGCCUCUGCUGCUCUGCGCUGGCUCUACCACCACUCCAAACUGCAGGGUUCUCUCGGAGAUGCAGUGAUCAUUGGCAUGUCCAACAUGGAGCAGCUGGAGCAGAACCUCAACUACAGCGAGGAGGGGCCCCUGCUGCCGGCCGUGGUGCAGGCGUUCGACCAGGCCUGCACAGCCCGUGAUUCAGGAUGCAGCUGAUCAGGAAAAUGAACAUCUGAAUGAGGUGAAGCCCCUGUUCUGCUUUAAUGUGAAAUCUUAAAUGAUUACAUAGAAGAAUAAAAUCUCUUUCUAGUGCACAA